AUGGCCUCGAACCGAGGAAUUCAGAUCGGAUCCGCGUGGUUUCAACGGAAGCUAAACUUAAGGCCACAGCACCGGGGUGUGCACCUAGUCACUGAGGAGAUCCUCAAGCAGGUGCCAGAGCUCUCACAGUUUGCAGUCGGCCUCUGCCAUAUCCAAAUAAUGCACACAUCGGCAAGUCUCGCACUCAACGAGAGCUGGGACCCUGAUGUACGGGAUGAUAUGGAGAUGAUGCUCAACAAAAUAGUGCCAGAGGGUCUUCCUUACCGCCACUCGUGUGAAGGACCCGACGACAUGCCAGCCCAUGUGAAGGCUUGCUUUCUGGGCUCAUCACUUACCAUCCCCAUCACAGACGGAAAGUUAAACCUUGGCACAUGGCAGGGUGUAUGGCUCUGUGAACAUAGGAAUCAUGCUGGCAGCCGGAAGGUGGUAGUGACGCUGUCAGGAUGUCCCCGGGACUCUCCACUAUCACCCGUUUCGGCCGCCUCGUGUUCCAGUUAG